UCACUAGCUGCCAAGGGCAUAUUGAAACACAACAGUGAAUUACACUAUUUAAACUAUAGGCCUUAGAUGUUUCUCCUUUUCGUUGGGUAUAUUUCAUAUAACGUGAUUGAUGCUGACAUUCCGUGUAUCAACCAGUCAAUAGAAUGAUUAUCAUCCUAACAAAAUGGCGACUGGUGCUUCGAAUGACUACCGUGUUAGCAAUCCAUCUGUAACAACCGAGCAUGUGAAGCGCGUGUUCCUAUGGAGUCUUCCACGCUCUUGUACUACGGUAUUUACACGAUGCAUGGAAGCUCUUGGAAGACCCAAUGUUGAGGUUUUCUGGGAGCCUUUUGUUUCAUGUGAAUUCUACGGACCAGAAAGGAGACAUUUCUUUGCCAAUGACAGCCCACAUCUUCUUCAAGAUAAAUAUACUUUUGCCUAUGUUAGAGAUUUCCUUGAUGGGGACUUUCCCGGGGCGAAGCUUCUGUUCGCUAAGGAUGUAACUAUUGGUAUCAUGGAUAAGUUUGAGUUCAUUCCAAAGACCUAUCGACAUACAUUUCUCAUCAGGGACCCCAGGAAGACAUUUCCUUCUAUCCAGCGGUUAUCAGAUACAUUGCCUCAAGGCCAUCAAUUUAACGUUAAGAAGGAGUACGGACAAGGAUACCAAGAAAUCACCGAUGUCAUGCACCACAUCGAGGAAACAUUCGGACAGAAACCCGUCAUUGUUGAUGCAGACGAAUUGCUUUCCGAACCCAACCGAAUUCUCCCGAUGUAUUGCCGAGCGACGGGGCUCGAGUACGACCCCAAAAUGCUCUCAUGGGGCAAGGCCAAUGUGAAAGAAUUAAACUGGCACUUCGCAGAGAGUAUGCCUGAUUUUGAUAAGAUUGGACUGUUUGAUAGUGCGAUGAAAAGUUCAAAGUUUAACCCUUCCGAUAACGGAGGAAAGGAAGAUUCCUUUGACGAGAGCAGUUGGACAGCCGAAGUACGCGAAUGCAUUGAAGCUGCUAUACCUAUUUAUCAGAGACUAUUCCAAAUGAGAUUGAAGUAGGUGAUGAUACGCUAUCACAAGUCCGAUUGUUAACAUGUUUCACGGUAUUAAUCUUGAUUAAUGUCUUAGUAUAUAUAUAUUUUGAACAAUUUAAUAAUGAUCUCAUGUGCUAAGGCCAAUGAAAUAGGAUUAAACUGGCAUUUCGCAGAGAGUAUGCCUGAUUUUGAUAAGAUUGGUAUAUUUGAUAGUGCGAUGCAAAGUUCAGAGUUUAACCAUUUUUACAUUGAAAUUCAUGCAAGUGUAGCUUGUUAAUUGAAAGUGCGCCAUCUAGGGUUUAACACGGAAACAAUUUUACGACAGCAGCUGCCCGAGGGGAAAAAUCAUUUGCUCCGAUGAU